AAAAAAAAAAAAACCAGAAUCAGGAAGAAGGUAGAAAGUUUCCCUGUCUUGUUUUCGGUCUGGGGCUUCAUUUUGCUGCAAGAAAGAAAGAAAAAAAACCCUAAUAUUUUAUUUUUAUAAAUUCUCGAGAAAUGGUUGAUGUAGCCGAUAAAUUGGCAUAUUUUCAAGCGAUCACAGGCCUCGAAGAUCCCGAUUUGUGUACGGAAAUCCUCCAGGCCCAUGGUUGGGACCUCGAAGUCGCCAUCUCUUCCUUCACCUCUUCGAAUCAACCCUCCGCUUCCACCACAACCUCUGACUCAGAGCCUCGCGAUUCACUUAAUCGGACAGAAUCCGGCCCCGUUUCCGGUCUCGUUACCGCUGUCGCACCGGGUUUAGCGUGGAAACUCGUUACAUUACCGAUUUCCGUGAUAUCCGGUAGUCUAGGGUUGAUCUCUGGUGCUGUUGGGCUUGGUCUAUGGGCCGCAGGCGGAGUUCUUUCGUAUUCCCUCGGGAUGAUCGGGCUGGGCUCUCUGCAGGGCGGGGAAUCAUCGGCACGAUUAGUCUCGGUCUCAGCUGCGGCUUCUGAAGCGAUGGAUUUCGUGGCGGCAUUUGAGAGGGAUUACGGAACGAGGAGGCCGAAUUUUGUCGGCGAGGGUUUCAUGGACGCGCUGCAGAGGUCAAGGAACGACUUUAAACUGUUGUUUGUGUACUUGCACUCACCGGACCACCCGGAUUCGCCUGUAUUCUGCGAAAGGACGUUGUGUUCUGAGGCGGUGGCGGCCUUUGUGAAUGAGAAUUUCGUGGCGUGGGGCGGGAGCAUUAGGGCUAGUGAAGGUUUUAAGAUGAGUAAUAGCUUGAAAGCCUCCAGUUUCCCAUUUUGUGCCGUUGUUAUGCCCUCUACAAACCAGAGGAUCGCGCUUCUUCAACAGGUUGAGGGACCAAAAUCUCCUGAAGAAAUGCUUAUGUUACUACAGAGAGUGCUUGAAGAAAGUGCUCCUGUUCUUGUUGCUGCAAGACUAGAUGCAGAAGAUAGAAGAAACAACAUGCGUUUAAGGGAGGAACAAGAUGCUGCAUACAGAGCAGCGCUUGAAGCUGAUCAAGCUAGGGAACGUCAGAGGAGAGAGGAGCAAGAACGUUUGGAAAAGGAAGCUGCAGAAGCUGAGCAGAAACGUAAGGAAGAAGAAGAGGCUCGUGAAAGAGCAGCACGUGAAGCUGCUGAAAAAGAGGCUGCCCUAGCUAGAAUGAGGCAAGAAAAAGCCUUGUCACUUGGUGAUGAACCUGAGAAAGGACCAAAUAUUACACAAGUUUUGGUACGCUUUCCUACCGGUGAACGCAAAGAAAGGAGGUUUCACGGUACUGCAACAAUCCAAUCUCUUUAUGAUUAUGUUGAUUCUUUGGGUUGCUUAGAAGUUGAGGAUUACAGUCUUGUCUCCAACUUUCCUCGAGUUGCAUAUGGUCCAGAGAAGCGCUCCUUGACCUUGAAAGAGGCAGGAUUACAUCCUCAAGCCAGCCUUUUUGUGGAGCUUAACUAGUCUGAAGAAGUUGAUAGUGUCUAGUUGUAUGAUGAUGAUAGUUUCAAAGAUUCCUUUAAGUAGAAUACAUAUUUUCUUAUGUUUCUGUCUCAUUUCAACAUAAUUAGCACUGAUAGAUUGAGACAAAGAUAGCUCAGAGUGUCUGGAUAUUUAACUUUUCUUCAAUUCAGAUUCAAUCAACCAAAUGGCUGAGUUUGUGUUAAAACAUGGGCUUUUAGGGUUCUAUAAGAAUUCCAUACGAUAGUGGUGUUCUUUAUUCUGCCGCU